CUGUCAGACGUGUGUGAUUGUGUAACAGCGACAGGAAUGAGGGAGAGUUGAGCUCCAGCUAGCGGUGGCUAAUGCUAGGCUUCAUUCAUGACAAACGCUUCGUGUUUAUAAGGCUUCAUUAGUAAUAAUAUCACACCUCUCGUUGAUAAAUAGUGUGAAGUGAGGAUUAUUAGUUUGUCAGAGUCUUGUGAACGAUUUAAAAGCUUUGUUAACUUCGUUUCGGAUCUGCUCAUUAAUAUUCAUGAGUUUAUGCAAAUCUUACGCCUCAUAUUCGUUUAAGAUGUAACUCUGACUGGAUUUAUUCAGCAAACUUUAAUCUUUUCCAUGUUUUUAUUGGAGCUGUACUGUGUGUUUUGAGGAUUGUGCUCAUUAGUAUGUUAAUGUAUGCGUGACGUCACGCAGGCGUCAUUACGUCGCGUCUCAGACGUGUGAGAGCAGAUGAUGGACAGAAGCCUCUCUCUCUGACCCAGAGCCACAUGAAGCGCCUGCACCUGCUUACAUUCGGCUGAAUCCAUGCUUUCUGAUGAACUUGACUCCAAACCUGAGCUGUUGGUUGAGUUUGUCCAGAACGCGUCCAUCCCGCUGGGCCAGAGUCUGGAGGAGGCGGACACUAAAGCGCCCUGCGUCCCGCUGCUGUCGUCCUCACAGUGCGGCCCGCUGGAGCUGCCAGAGAGCGCUCUGAGUCAUGCCGCCUCCCCCUCGCUGUCAGACUUCGGCCCUGAGCGAAGCCCAUUGGUGGUUCAGCUGCAGACUCCUCCCCCUCAAGCACAAACCCCGCCCACCAUCCUGCAGGACCUCCAGAACCACGACAGCACGUCUUAUGUCCUGCUCAAUCUGGCCAAAGGGCUGUCGGCCGAGCCGCUGGUGUUCGUUCAGGACGAUGUGGACGAGGCGCAGGAGGAGAUUUCGUCCGGAGACUGCGGUGACGGCGGAGCGCCGUGGUAUCUGCGGGUCCAGGAGCUGGCUCACGACAGUCUGAUCGCCGCCACACGCGCACAGCUGGCCAGAGACGCACGCAACAGCACUGACCACAUCCACAGCGGUCAGUCCGAGCAGAAGAAGGAGCCCAGAGUCGCUCGCGCCGCGUCAGAGAAGAUCCACCGCUGCCCUUACGAGAGCUGCCACCGGACCUUCACCUACCCAGCGCACCUCAAAUACCACCUGAAGACACACCGGAACGACCGUACGUUCCGCUGCGGCGCCGAGGGUUGUGGGAAGAGCUUCUAUGUUCUGCAGCGGCUGCAGGUUCACAUGAGGACUCACAACGGAGAGAAACCCUUCAUCUGCAACGAGAAGAACUGCGGAAAGAAGUUCACCACCGCCGGAAACCUGAAGAACCACAGACGCACACACACCGGUGAAAAGCCCUUCCUGUGUGAAGCUGAUGGCUGCGGCCGAUCUUUCGCAGAAUAUUCCAGUCUGCGCAAACACAUGCUCGUACACUCGGGUGAGAAGCCGCACGUGUGCUCCAUCUGCGGGAAGACGUUCUCUCAGAGCGGCAGCAGAAACGUUCACAUGAAGAAGAGACACGGCGACGAGACGCUGCCGCCUGACAGCAGAGACACGGCUGAAGCACUCACUCACAGCAGUCUGCUGGAGGCGGAUGGCGGCGGUGAUUCGAUGGUCAGCGUGAAUCUGCAUCACGCGAUCUUACCGACUCAAGGUGCAGCGGGCGCCGUCGUGGUUCUGACUCCGCCCCAUGACCUGGUCACCAUGACGACAGGCCACGCCUACAGCGAUGAUGUGGUCGCUCUGCUCUAACGCUGCUUUUGUAAAUAAACUCUUUUAGGAAACACGCGCUUCUCGAGUGCAUCAUUUCAUCUAAACACCAAACUAAUAACGACUACAGAAACACUCGCACACCUUCAAAUGAGACAUUUAUUGUUAUUAAUUGCAAUCUGAAAAUAAACAUCAACAACUAAAUAAUGCAUAACAGUGACAUACCAGUAAACAAAUGUUUAUUGUACCACACGUAGCCUGUGAAGAGAGUCGCGUCCCUUCAGAGUCAUCCGGCGUACACCUAAAAAAAAAAAAACCUUUUCCCCUGCUCAAAAAAUUCUUACGCUCAACAAAAAUUAAACACAAUGAGAAAAAAGGUUUUGAAAAGAAUGAUAGUGAUGUUUGAAAAUAUCUUUGAGCAAAACUAUUUUUCAUGAGUGAAAAAUGUUUUUGGUUGAGUGAAAAUGAUUUUCGUUUGACGAGUGAAAAACAAUGAAUUUUGACAAGAGAAAAACUAUUUUUGAUGUAAAAAAAAAAAUUGACAAGUGAAAAAAAGUGAUAUCUGACGAGUGAAAGUGAUUUUGAGUGUUUUUUGACGAGUGAAAGUGAUUUUUGACGAGUGAAAAAGGGAUUUUUGACGAUUUGACGAAUGAAAAGUGAUUUUUAGUGAUUUUUGACGAGUGAAAAAGUGAUUUGACGAUUUGACGAGUGAAAAGUGAUUUUUAGUGAUUUUUGACGAGUGAAAAAGUGAUUUUUGACGAGUGAAAAAAAGUGAUAUCUGACGAGUGAAAGUGAUUUUUAACGAGUGAAAAAAAGUGAUAUCUGACGAGUGAAAGUGAUUUUUAGUGAUUUUUGACGAGUGAAAAGUGAUUUUUGACGAUUUGACGAGUGAAAGUGAUUUUUAGUGAUGUUUGACGAGUGAAAAGGUGAUUUUUGACGAGUGAAAAAAAGUGAUCUGAUGAGUGAAAAAGUGAUUUUUGACGAUUUGACGAGUGAAAGUGAUUUUUAGUGAUGUUUGACAAGUGAAAGUGAUUUUUAGUGAUGUUUGACGAGUGAAAGUGAUUUUUAGUGAUGUUUGACAAGUGAAAGUGAUUUUUGACGAUUUGACGAGUGAAAAAGUGAUUUGACGAGUGAAAAAGUGAUAUCUGACGAGUGAAAGUGAUUUUUGACGAUUUGACGAGUGAAAAAGU